UCCGAUCGGCUCACGAAGCAUAAAGAAACUCGACGCCACACGCACACAAACCCACGCAGAGUCUCUCGUCCGUCGCUCUAUCCUUUUGCUUUUCUCUUUUCCUCAUCGACGGGUUCCCCGUUCUUGUCAUUCCAUUCUUUUCUCUCGAUUCACGUUUCUUCUCUUCGAUGUCAUCUCCGAUCUUCUCUCUUCUUCUCCUCCCCCACUCCGCUCCACCGCCCAUGGCGGCGAUCUGCGCGCACCGCACCCCCUUCGCCGCCGUUAAACCCCAGACCCCCCAUGGUUGUCCCCGUCCUUCGCCUCCAUCCACCGUCGGAUCGCCCCGUUGGAUCCGGCGGAGCUACUGCUCCCACGUCGCCAGGUGGUGGUCCGCCGCCGAGCGGCGCAGUAGAAAGGAGGAGGACUGGCCCUACCUGUCCGCCAUCGGGAAAGCCGCUGACCCCGAUGGUGGUGCUGUCCAGGAGAAUGGGCUCCUCGAUCCCACGUUGUUGGCGAUCGGAAGGACGCAGAAUUUGGGUGAUGAUUCCGUCGGAGAGCAGAAGACGGAGGAACUUGCUGGCGUUCUCGAAGAGGAAGAAACCAAUGGGGAUGACAGUGUGUCAGCUUCUAGGACUGUUCUUGAUUCCAGUGUAGAAGUUUCGGAUUCUAGCACUGUCCCUGAUUGUAUCGUGGAAGAAACCAAAGCAGAAAAAGAGGUUUUAAUGUCUAGCAGUGCUCUUGAUGUUGAAGAAGAAGAAGAAACUGAUGAACAAGAGCAAACCCAGACUCGGGUAACUCGCACUAUUGUUUUUGUUAGUGCUGAAGCUGCUCCUUAUUCGAAAACAGGAGGAUUAGGAGAUGUUUGUGGUUCAUUACCUAUUUCUCUUGCUGCUCGUGGUCAUCGUGUAAUGGUGGUAUCUCCAAGAUACUUAAAUGGUGUUUCAAAUAAAAAUUUUGCUAAUGCAAUUGAUACUGGAGUCCGCAUCAAGGUUCUGUGCUUUGGAGGAGAACAUGAAGUUUCUUUUUAUCAUGAGUACAGAGCAGGUGUUGAUUGGGUUUUUGUCGAUCAUCCUUCUUAUCAUAGAGCUGGAAAUCCAUAUGGUGAUUCCAAUGGAGCUUUUGGUGACAAUCAGUUUCGGUUCACAAUACUGUGCUAUGCAGCUUGCGAGGCUCCAUUAGUGCUUCCUCUGGGAGGUUACACUUAUGGCGAGAAAAGCUUAUUCAUUGUCAAUGAUUGGCAUGCAUCCCUUGUGGCAGUCCUUCUGGCUGCAAAAUACCGUCCAUGUGGUGUUUAUAAAGAUGCCCGCAGCAUUCUUGUCAUUCAUAACCUAGCACACCAGGGAGUAGAACCAGCAACUACAUAUGAGUACAUGGGACUGCCCCCAGAGUGGUAUGGUGCUCUUGAAUGGAUUUUUCCUACUUGGGCAAGGAAGCAUGCCCUUGACAAGGGUGAGGCUGUCAAUCUUCUUAAGGGUGCAAUUGUGACAGCUGACCGUAUAGUGACUGUUAGUCAGGGUUACUCUUGGGAAAUAACAACUCCUGAAGGUGGGCAUGGUCUGAAUGAGCUUCUAAAUAGUAGAAAAUUUGUUCUGAAUGGGAUCACCAAUGGCAUAGAUACUAAUGAAUGGAACCCUACUUCUGACAAGCAUAUCCCAUUUCAUUACUCUGUAGAUGAUCUCUCUGGAAAGGCUCAAUGUAAAGCAGCUUUACAGAAGGAAUUGGGUCUUCCUAUCAGGCCCGAUUGCCCACUGAUUGGCUUCAUUGGACGGUUGGACUAUCAGAAGGGGACUGAUGUGAUCAGGUCAGCACUGCAUGAGUUGUUGCAGGAUGAUAUCCAAUUUAUUAUGCUUGGAUCAGGGGAUCCAGAAACUGAAGAUUGGAUGCGUUGGGUAGAAUCUACCAAUAGAGAAAAGUUCCGUGGAUGGGUUGGAUUUAACGUCCCAGUUUCUCAUCGGAUAACUGCUGGUUGUGAUAUAUUGUUAAUGCCUUCGAGAUAUGAACCUUGUGGCUUAAAUCAGUUGUACGCGAUGAGAUAUGGAACUGUUCCAGUCGUCAACUGCACUGGUGGUCUCAGAGAUACUGUUGAGAAUUUUGACCCCUUUGCUAAUGACAGCAGUGGUCGGGGAACAGGGUGGAGAUUUUCACCAUUAUCUAAGGAGAGCAUGUUGUUGAAAUUAAGGGUUGCAAUUCAAACGUAUAGAGAACACAAGGCUUCCUGGGAAGGGCUCAUGAAGCGGGGAAUGUCAAAAGAUUUCUCAUGGGACAGUGCUGCGAUACAAUACGAGCGGAUCUUUGAUUGGACGUUUGUAGAUCCUCCAUACAUUAGAUAGGUAGUGGAUACUGUCUGUCGACAGAUUCAUUUCGUUCGACUGCCUCAUAUCGUUAAUUUGUUUCCUGUCAAAGUCAUUUUAGAAGUUGGAAGGUGUGGAUGAAGUGAUGUUUUGUUAUAUCCAUUUAUUUGUUCUAUAUACAAUAAUUUUGUUC